GAAUAACUAUUUAUUUUAGUUAAUAUAUUUGGAGACUAGUAUAGUGUAAUUUUUUAAUUAUAAGACAUGGCGAAGUGGGGUGAAGGAGAUCCAAGAUGGAUUGUUGAAGAAAGGCCUGAUGCAACCAAUGUUAAUAACUGGCACUGGACGGAAAAAAAUGCCUGUGCCUGGUCUCAAGAGAAAAUAAAGGAAUUAUUUACCAAUAUGAAUAUUGUAGGAGAUAAUGUUUCUUGUACAAUAACGGAAGUAGAUAAAUGUGAAGGUGAGGCAGUGGCAAAUAAUCGAAAAGGUAAACUAAUUUUCUUUUAUGAGUGGAACAUUGUUUUGAAGUGGAUAUCUGAUGGAGAAUCUGAUAAAAAGGUUGAGGGCAAAAUAAACGUUCCAAAUCUCUCUGAGGAAAAUGACAUUUCUGAAGUAGAUGUUGAAAUUACUUUGAAAGAUAGUACAGAUGAGGGGGAAGUAGUAAAACAUUUUCUACAUACAAAAGGAAAAGAUGCUAUUAGAGAUAAAUUGAAACAAUAUGUUUCUUCUUUAAAAGAAGAAUUCACAGUUGGGAUGAUUCUGCCAAAAAAAGAUAUUGUAAAAGAAAAUAUUUCUAAUAUCACAUCUGGAUUCAAUGCAAAAAUGCAAAUGAAUGCUACCAUGGUAUCCAUGAAUAAUAAAAAAGAAUUAGGAUGUAAGAUUUCGACGACAACAAUUAAACAGCAAAAGAAGUUUCAAUGUAGAGCUGAAGAAUUUUACAACGUUUUUACGACAAUUGAGAUGGUUCAAGCAUUUACGAAGGGACCGGUCAAACUUGAAUUAAAGGAAGCUGGCAAAUUCGAAUUGUUUGGUGGUAAUAUACAUGGCGAGUUUGUGGAAAUUACCCCUACAACGAUCGUGCAAAAAUGGCGCUGCAAACAGUGGCCCGAUGGCCACUAUAGCGAAGUUACUAUUGAUAUAUUUGAGAGGAAUGACCAUACGGAAAUCAAUUUGACACAAACAGGUGUACCAGUUAGCGAGGAAGAAUCGACAAAAGAGAAUUGGGAAAGGUAUUACUGGGACGCUAUAAAACGUACAUUUGGAUUCGGUUAUUUCAUGUGAUCUAUGUAUGUUUUAAAUUUGGCUUGCUUAUUGAUAAGUAGAGAAAUAAUUCAAACGUGUAUUGUCGUAAAUCGCCUCGCAUACCUUUUACGAAUUAGCCACGCAUAAUAAUCAGCCACGUACAAACUGUUUUGUCUCUCUGGAUGCUAAUUACAACAAUUCUCAU